UUUUGUAUUUUAUCUUAAAAUUUUAAAUUCAAAAUUCAAAAUUAUUUUUUUAUAACACCCAUUUUGUAGUUAUAUACAACAUGCAUACACAACAUUUGCCCCCUGCCCUCGCCCACUGUUCCCUUCCCGUCUUCUCUGCGAUCCAGUUCGGCUGCAGAUCUUCUCUUCAGAUCUGAUUCAAACGUUUGGGCAGAUUCUCGACUGAGAAACAAGAGAGAUGGGUCGUGGAGUCAGCAGUGGUGGAGGACAGAGCUCACUGGGUUACCUGUUUGGAAGUGGAGAGGCUCCCAAACCAGCUACAAACAAUGCCCAGCCUGUUCCAAAUCCAGGACAGGCCAUGAACGAUGGGCCUUCCCAGAAGCCUCCUGCUUCUCAGGCAGUUGAUUCUGCUGGUAAACAGAUUCCAGCUGGUAUUCAAGGCAACCUUUCAAACAACUACCUCCGGGCAGAUGGUCAAAACUGUGGCAACUUCAUAACGGAUCGGCCCUCUACAAAGGUUCAUGCUGCCCCCGGGGGUGGAUCUUCUCUGGAUUACCUAUUUGGUGGUGGCAGUAAAUGAUAUGCAUUCACAUCUUCAAAAUGGAAGUAUUGUUUGCCUAUUUCUAAUGGGAAAACUCUUGGAAAGAAAAGAGGCAGUGGGGGCAUUUGUCUUAAAAAAAUGGACCCAAAAAAAACUUCCAAUUGUUCCAUGUAGUAUGAAUGUGUGUUGUUGUGGUUGCUGUUUCCUGGGGAUUAUUCAAAAAAACACUAAAAGGGGCAUUAGGCCUUUCAGAUGCAUUAAAAAAAAACAUUUUGUUUCGCAAAGCUUCUCGAAGUAACAAAAAUUUCUCGAUGCAUUAGCCUCCUAUUUUAAUGUUAUCAAUCGUUAAGGUUUCUUGUUUU